AUGUUUGAUUGGGCCAAAGAUGUAAAUAUUUUUGGCCGCAAAUUGGCCUUGCAUGCUUUGCAUGAAAAAAUUAACUUCAAGAAGCUCAAAGAUUUAGGUCUUUCUCCUGAAGACCUCGAAAUGUACAAACUUCUUACAGAUUUACACUCAGAACAAGAAGGCUUUGAAUCUUUGACUAGUCUUAAACCACCGAGUUGGUUUACCCCGAAUUUAAAAGAAUCCCCCUGCAUUGACCUGUUUGUUCAGAUUUGUACAAAUGAAUUAGAAGGCCAAAUUCCCCAACAGACUUUUAAAUCCAACCUCAAAACAGACGAUCAACAAGCUCUGCAUGAGCCACGUCUGGCCCCUGAGGUCGUAAUUAAGUCAUCAGACAAAGGAGGGAAUAUUGUCCUGAUGCAGAGGGACCAAUACGUUGACAUGUGCAUGCAACAUUUGACAGAUGCGACAGCAUAUCAG